GUAUUGAAUUCUAGAAGAAUAUGGUAGUAAAUCAUUUGAUUAGUACAACAAAUUAAUUUGCUAGUGGAAUAUCUUUAGUACUAAUAAUAACUAGCCAAACGUGCCCUUAAACGUAGACACCUUUAAAUUCCUGACCGACACAACUCCUUCACCGUUCCGACAGCUUUUGUUCUCCAUUCCCAAAACCGGCCCGCAAUGAAGCCGCCAAAACCUCCUCGUUUCUACCCGAAAAACCCUUCAAAAACCCGUGAUUUCCCUUCAAGUUCUUUCUUCCUCUUCUUAGCUUUCUUUUUCCUCCUUCAAAUCCCAAAAACUGCCUCUCUAUUCCCUACUCAGGCCCCGCCUGAAUACUCCAAAUAUUGCAAUGACGUCGUCCCGGAAUCCCCUGUGGAGCCCACCACUCUUUUUCCCAGCUCCACCGCUAACAACCUCGAUUUCAGAAUCGGUUAUUUCACCGGCGGAGACUCCUUUUUUUUCCAAUCAAAUAUCGCGGCCGAUGCUCCCAAAGCUGCUGCCUUUUACGCUCAGUAUUUUCACAACACCCUCUAUAAUAAUACAACCCAAAUUUAUAAAAUUCAAGGCAAGCUCGGUCUACAAAUUCCCAAAUCCUUUUUCGUUUCUUCUUCCAAUGACAGUCUUUUAAACCCCCACCGUGGAUUACGGCGGAAGUUUCGGAUCAGGGGACCGAGAAUUCCAGUGAUCGGAAGAGGAACGCCGAGUUUUUCGCUAAGUGGGUAUUGGUCGGAAUCGACUGGAAGGCUUUGCAUGGUUGGAUCAGGGGUAAGUAACGGGAAUGCAGGUAAAUAUAGGACUUUUAAUGUUGUUCUUAAGCUCAAUUAUUCGAAUAAUUUUAAUGUUUUUGGAAGUUUAAUAUCUGGGGCUUUGGAAAGUUUAGAUUCUGAACAUAGUUUGAGUUACUUUGAGCCGGUUUCCCUACUGGGUGUGAGGAGUAGUUUUGAGAAUUAUGAGUUUAGUUUGGUUGAGAACGGAAAGGGAAGUUCUUGUUUAAGUGAGGUUGAAGGUGAGGGAGAGAAUUUGGAUGUUAGCAAAACUGAUGGCGGAGUUUGUUCAGCAAUUGUUGAACGUACGAUUAGGUUUGAGUUGGACUAUGGGAAGGAUUGUGAUAAAGCUAGUUGUGCUUCGGUUUUUAAGGAUGUUAAAUAUGUUCCAAGCUUCAUGUUCUUUAGACAGGUUAAGUGUGUGGAUAAAGGGAAAAUGCAGAUUUUGUUGGGAUUUCGGAACUCAAGUAGAAUGCAUACUUUAUUCCCUUUUGAUCCUAAUACAACGUUGAUUGGUGAGGGAACAUGGGAUGAGAAGAAGAAUAAGGUCUGCGGUAUUGCUUGUCGAGUUUUGAAUUUCAGGGAUUCUUUGACUAGAGCAUCUGUUGGUGAUUGUUCUAUUAAGUUUAGCUUAAGAUACCCCAAGGUUUUGUCUCUUAGAAAUAGGUGUUCGCUUGUGGGGAAACUUUGGAGUGAUAAAAGUGAGGAUGAUCCGAGUUACUUUGGCAUGAUUAGUUUCAGGAGUAUUUGGGAAGUAUCACCUGGGUUCAAGAGUGUUCUGGGUUUAAAAUAUGAGUAUACAGAGGUUGAUAGUGCUAGAAGAUCUUGUGCAAGUAAAAAUAUUGCUAAACACAAGGGAAAGACAUAUCCUGAUGGCGAUUCAAUAGACAUGAGAUUUGACAUGUUGGUGACAGAUAGUAAAGGAGAAUCAGCAUGGGGUUUUGCGAACCCGCUGUUUGUGGAUGAUCAGCUAUAUAAGCAUCAGCGUUAUGGGCCUUUGCCGUCUGCAGCUCAUUUGAGCAAUAAUGACAGCAGGCUAUUGAAUAUCAGCUAUCAGAUUAGCUACACGUACCAGUCCAGUAAUGCUCCUGCCUUGUCCAGAGUAGUUGAAAUUUCUGCUGAGGGAAUAUAUGAUAGAGAUACUGGUGUUCUGUGCAUGGUAGGAUGUAAACAUGGAAGAUACCAUAAUCAAAUUUUGAUAGAAAAUGUUUUACUGGACUGUGAUGUGGUGGUUACUGUCCAAUUUUCUCCAGUAAAUGCUGCAGAAAUAUAUCAUGUUAAGGGAACUAUUGAAAGCACACGGGCCAAGUCAGACCCUCUUUAUUUUGAACCCAUUAAUUUGUCUUCAAAAUCAUUCUACACCAGACAGGCUAAAGAAUCCAUUUGGAGAAUGGAUCUGGAGAUUACCAUGGUCCUGAUUUCCAAUACACUUGCUUGUAUUUUUGUUGGAUUGCAGCUUUUACAUGUGAAGAAACACCCAGAAGUUCUUCCCUUCAUUUCUGUGGUGAUGCUCAUUGUUCUUACUUUGGGGCACAUGAUUCCUCUAUUGCUGAACUUUGAAGCCUUGUUUGUAACAAACCGUAAUCAACAGAAUGCUUUUCUUGAGAGUGGUGGAUGGCUUGAAGUAAAUGAAAUAAUAGUGAGGGCAGUAACAAUGGUAGCUUUUCUUUUGCAGUUUCGUCUUCUACAACUCACAUGGUCUGUAAGACAAGGCGAUGAAAGCCAAAAGGGCUUAUGGGAUGCAGAGAAAAAGGUUUUAUUAGUAUCACUUCCUUUGUAUGUAAGUGGUGGGUUGAUUGCUUGGUUAGUGCACCAAUGGAAGAAUUCCCGCCAGAGUCCAUUUCUACAACCACACCGAAAUGGUCUUCAUAUGACACUUAAGCAGCAUUUUUACCAGCAAUAUUCUUUCUGGAGUGACCUUAAAUCUUAUGGCGGUUUGGUCCUUGAUGGGUUUUUGCUUCCGCAGGUAGUGUUCAACGUGUUGUCUAAAUCCAAUGAAAAGGCUCUUGCUGCUUCAUUUUACAUAGGAACCACCAUGGUCCAUUUGUUGCCUCAUGUAUAUGAUCUUUACAGAGCUCACAGUUCUUCAGGAUAUCUUGGUUUAUCAUACAUAUAUGCGAACCAUAAACUGGAUUUCUUUUCCACUGCCUGGGAUAUCAUAAUCCCUUGUGGAGGUUUGCUCUCUGCUAUCUUCAUCUUCUUGCAGCAGCGAUUUGGGGGUCAGUGUUUUCUACCUAAACCGUUUAGAGAGGAUGCUGUAUACGAAAAAGUCUCUGUAGAUAGUGGUGUGGAACUGCAAGGUGAAUCCGUUCAGAAAAACUUUUAUAGCUGUUGAUACUUGGAAAUUUUUUCUGAAUCAAAUAUAGUAUACUCUUUUAUGUCAUCAUGUUCAAUAGCUAUGGGCCGUCUUUUCCA